GAAACUUUCAAUUCAUAAAUUGACAUUUAGACACUCCUAUAAACGGAACGUUAUUUCAUGCGAAAAGUCACGUAGGCCACCGCGCGUGUUUAUAUUUUGAUUAAAAUAAUAACCUGUAAAAUAAUGUUUCUUGUCCACAAAAAGCUAUAGUUAUUAAAGGAAAUGUGUGUUUAGUGUUCAAAAAUAUGGAAGAUUUUGGUUUAAGUCCCGGCGUUGUCGUAGUACGCGCAAAACCAGAAGGUCAAAGAAAGACUUUCAAACCAAAUAUACGUGCAGUAAACAAAAUUCCUGCUGAAUUAUUAAAUGAUCCACUUCUUAAUAGAGCAUGUGAAACCUUGCCGCAAAAUUAUAAUUUUGAAAUUCACAAAACUAUAUGGAGGAUAAGAUCAUUGGGUUCGAAGCGUGUCGCCCUUCAACUACCUGAAGGUCUAACGAUGUUUGCUACGACGCUGUGUGAUAUAAUAGAGGCUUUUACUGAAGCUGACACAGUUAUAAUGGGAGACGUAACGUAUGGCGCGUGCUGCAUAGAUGACUUCACCGCCAUAGCACUUGGUGUCGACCUGCUAGUACAUUACGGACACUCUUGCCUGAUUCCUAUAGAUCAGACAUGUGACAUCAAGGUACUCUAUGUAUUUGUUGAUAUUAAGAUAGACCCCUCACAUUUUAUGGAAACUGUUAAACUAAACUUUCCAAAGCAAACUCACUUAGCCUUAGUUAGUACAAUACAAUUUGUUACAACUUUGCAUUCUGUUGCUAAAAUACUUAGGAGUGAGGAAUACACUGUGACUGUGCCACAGUGUAAGCCUCUGUCACCUGGGGAGAUCCUAGGCUGUACAUCACCUAAGUUAAAUUCUGAUGUAGUGAUAUAUUUAGGUGAUGGUAGAUUCCACUUGGAAUCUGUUAUGAUAGCUAAUCCUAAAAUACCUGCAUUCAAAUAUGACCCUUAUGAGAAGAAAUUUACUUCAGAACUGUAUGAACAUGAGAGCAUGCAGGCAAAUAGACAUAAUCAAAUCCAAAUUGCUGAACAAGCAACCAGUUUUGGCCUUAUACUUGGAACAUUAGGGAGACAAGGCAGCACUAAAGUGUUAAGUAAUUUAGAAAAGCAAGUUAGUAACUCUGGUAAAAAGUUUGUGAAGAUACUUCUGUCAGAGAUUUUCCCUAGCAAAUUAGCAUUAUUUGAACUGGAUGCCUUUGUUCAAGUGGCUUGCCCAAGAUUGUCCAUUGAUUGGGGAACAUCAUUCCCCAAGCCACUACUGACUCCUUAUGAGUUCUCUGUAUCACUAAGUAAUAGUAAAUGGUUAAAAGAUGAUGGGACGUAUCCCAUGGAUUUCUAUUCUAAUGAUAGUUUGGGGCCAUGGACACCUAAUUAUAAGCCUGUGAUGUGUUCAGAAUCUGACAAGCAAUGUGAUAACUGCUGUGGUGGUAAGGAUAAGAAAUAAACUAAGCAACUUACCGGCACAUUUUGUGGCAACACAGCGGUCACCUCACGGGCUCUCUGGAACACUUGAGAGUCCAUGAACUUGGAAGGGAAAGUCUCUGCAAAGUUCUGGAUUGGCACAUUCUUGGUGUCAUCACUAUAACAUAAUAAAUAGGUGUUAAUAACUAAUUAAACUGAAUUUUAUAUAAGCGUCUGCUGUGUAGUUAAGACAUAAUACAUACAUGUUUGUAUAAACAAAUAAAGAUAUGAAAACUAUGUAUUUAUUAAAAGCAUUUGCUUUUGCAAACUGAUAAAAUAUUUAUACUGACAAGUUUUUAUUGUAUACAUACUUUGAAUUAUAAUAAUUGUAUUAAAUAUGGACAAUAGUCAAACAGUGUAGUACUUUAUGGUAUAAUUUAUGUUUAGAAUAAUUAUGUUGUAAUAUAAUAUUAUGUUAUAUUAUUGACUGUUGUCUUACCGGUGCAUCAGUGCUACUGAGUAGCAGUAGUUGAAGAGCUGUGGGUUGAGGUUUGCUCUAGCGUAAACACAUGUUGACAGGAAAUCUUGCAGCUGAUUCUGUGGUACAUCUGUACAAAUAAAUAAUAGAUUAAUAAGUUAGACACAUUAAUGUCACUUAAAUUCAAAUUCUUCUGCUUCUAAGUUGAUCUUAUCCUGAACUCCCUUUUUAUAUUUUUUUUUCGCUAUCUUCCAUCUUUUCUACCUCCUUUCUAGCCUUUCUUCAUUUUUGAAUAUUUAAAUCACAGAUACUUAAGUUAUUGUUAAUAAAUUUUUGAUAGCA